CACAUUUGUUAUUUUCGUCAUGCAUUGGCUCUAGACGAGCGACGCGUCAAGUUCCUCCCCGAGUACGUCUAUGGAGGUAUGGGAGAUCGGCACAACCAGCACGGCGUCGAGGACGCUCCUUGGGAGAAGAUGGUUGAGCACGAAUCGCCUCCGGACAGCGACGACCUCGCGCACGUGAAGGAAGUCUGGUUCUCGGGAACCCAUUCUGACGUCGGGGGAGGAAAUAUGACCAACCACAACUUGGAGAUGUCGGGAAUUUCGCUUCUGUGGAUGAGAAAGCAGGCCGAGAUUGCUGGGCUGCAGUUCUUGCCCAUGUCUUUUGCGAAGGACAGCUUGCUAAAGCAGGUGAACAAGAGGCCCACGGAAUCUCUGACUCCCGCCUGGUGGUUUGCUGAGGUGCUGCCGAUGAAGCGGCUUUCGUACACUUCUAGCAAAGCCGACGGCAUUACUCGCCGGUCAGCUGGAAACUGA